AAGCCCGAGCGGAGCGGGGCGGGGGAGGGAGGAGCUAGCACGGCCGCCGCCUCUGCCGGAGGAGCCGCGGGGCCGCCACACUUGCCCCCCUCCCCCUCUCUCACUCGCACUCACACCCGGGGACAGGAGGCGGGCGGCCCCGGCCCCACCGGUCCCCCAUGGCCACCCCCGGGCCCCGGCGCUGAGCUACCCGCCACCCCUCCCCACGCACAGCCCAGCCCGCCACGCCGAGGGCCCUCAGGACAAGACUCUACAGCUGCUUCCCCCUCCCCCCAACUCAGGACUCUCCCCAAGAGCCAGCUUAUACCCCCAGCCCUUCCACCACAUUACUCCCUGGCUAUCCCCCCUGCCACCCACCCCCUGUGGGGCAUGGGGCAUGGCAUGGCAGGCCAAACGCUGAGGCCAGGCACCAUGGGCACUGUACCCUAGAGCCCGGGUGGUGGGGGGGAGGCUCGUGGCUCUGCCCACAGGAGGUUGCUGUGCCUACUUCAGUCUGUUGGAGUGCUGGGGGAGGGGGGCAAUCCUGGAUGGAAUUGCAGUGAAUGGAACAGAAGCCAAGCAAACUGGAUUGUGGGUCUGACCCAGAGGAGAACAGGUCACUGGAUGGCAAGCGGAAAAGAAAGACCAGCCAAUGUUCCCUGAAAACCAGCAUGUCAGGGUACAUCCCUAGUUACCUGGACAAAGAUGAGCAAUGUGUCGUGUGUGGAGACAAAGCCACAGGUUAUCAUUACCGAUGCAUCACUUGUGAAGGCUGCAAGGGCUUCUUCCGGCGCACGAUCCAGAAAAACCUUCAUCCCACUUACUCCUGCAAAUAUGACGGCUGUUGCAUCAUUGACAAAAUCACCCGAAACCAGUGCCAGCUAUGUCGCUUUAAGAAAUGCAUCUCCGUGGGCAUGGCCAUGGACCUGGUCCUGGAUGACUCGAAGAGGGUGGCAAAGCGCAAGCUGAUCGAGGAGAACCGGGAGCGGAGGCGCAAGGAAGAGAUGAUUCGAUCACUGCAGCAGCGGCCAGAGCCCAGCCCUGAGGAGUGGGAUCUUAUCCAUCUGGUAACAGAGGCCCACCGAAGCACCAAUGCCCAAGGAAGCCAUUGGAAGCAAAAACGGAAAUUCUUGCCAGAGGACAUUGGCCAGUCACCCAUGGCCUCAAUGCCAGAUGGGGACAAGGUGGACCUGGAGGCCUUCAGUGAGUUUACCAAGAUCAUCACCCCGGCCAUCACCCGUGUGGUGGACUUUGCCAAAAAACUGCCCAUGUUCUCCGAGCUGCCUUGUGAAGACCAGAUCAUUUUGCUUAAGGGCUGCUGCAUGGAGAUCAUGUCUCUGCGGGCUGCCGUACGCUAUGACCCCGAGAGUGAGACCUUAACGCUGAGCGGGGAGAUGGCAGUCAAACGGGAGCAGCUGAAGAAUGGUGGCCUGGGGGUGGUCUCCGAUGCCAUCUUCGACCUGGGCAAGUCACUCUCUGCCUUCAACCUGGACGACACAGAAGUUGCUCUGCUUCAGGCUGUGCUGCUCAUGUCUUCAGACCGCUCGGGCCUGCUGUGUGUGGACAAGAUCGAGAAGUGCCAGGAGGCUUACCUGCUGGCUUUUGAACACUACAUCAACUACCGCAAACACAACAUUCCCCACUUCUGGCCCAAGCUGCUGAUGAAGGUGACUGACCUCCGGAUGAUCGGGGCCUGCCAUGCCAGCCGGUUCCUACACAUGAAAGUCGAAUGCCCCACCGAACUCUUUCCCCCACUCUUCCUCGAGGUCUUCGAGGAUCAGGAAGUCUAAACCCCCAGUGCUGGGGGAUGAGAAGAGGUGGGGCCUGUGGAGCUGCAGGGGGUGCAGCAGGAGAAGGGGCAGGGCUAAGGGAUACCACCCUACAUCCCUCUUCUGUCUUUCCUUCUAUAUAUUUUUGCCUCCCACACACAGCCUAGCCAAGAUCCCUCCUCAGAGACCUCCUUCCUGCCCUGGGAUCAGGCAAAACAAACAAACAAACAAAGAAAAACCAACUCGAGAAAGUGAAAAAGGACGAUGCCAGUGGGAAGGGGAGUCCUCUGGCAAUUUUUAGGAGCCCCACCCCCCAGGGCAGGGGGAAACUGGGGAGAAGAGAUGGGACAAGGAGCCAUCUGAACUGUAGGGGAAGGAAGGGGGGUUGUGGGGGGAGCUGCCCUCAACCCCUCCCCCCACCAAAAAAGCCUCCCCCUCUUCCUCUUAUUCCUUAACCCAGGUCCUUGACUAGGGCCCCUCUUUUCAUGCUCAGAUACCUGGGUUGCACAGAGAAGCCUCAGCAUUGGCUCCUCCCUGGGAGGUUAAAAGUUAUAGUCACUCUAACUGCACUUUGGAAGCGAGAGGGUAAAAGAAAGAAAAGUGGAGAAAAAAAUAGAGAAAGAGAGAAAAAGACAAAAAAAAGAGACAGAGAGAUGAUGAUAUUAAAUUAUUAACUGAGGCCGGCUGGGGAGAGGACCUGGGGUGGGGGAGAUAGGACAAGACUUACCCAUCCCAAUGCACUUUGACAGCUGCCCCCCCCCAAAAAAGUGAGACCCACCAUAACAACCACCUCCUGGGUGGGGCUGCCAAUCAGAAUUAAAGCCACAGAGUCCUGGCCACCUUCAUUUCCCUCCCCUCCCCACUUGCCUUGCCCCCUUGGCGCACACACUUUUGCACCCUCUGCUCGCCACUUGUGCCCGCUAAUUCUGAGCUCCAUCUACCUCUCACACUGGAUGCCAGCCAGUACUCCCUAUAUGGCUCCCUGUUAAAAUGCCCACCAUCCCAGAGACUUUCCUCCCCUAAACGGUGCCCACCACCUUCCUGCCCCAGGCAGGCACCAGGCCACUUUGGCAUCCACACUAGGAAAGACUAUGUUUCCAGCUCUCCACCCUCCUCCCCGUAUCCUGCAGAGUUAGCUACAAUCAAGAGGCUGCAUUGGAGGGUAUUUUUGAGUCUGGGUGUCUCCCCAAUUCUCUACUCCUAGGCCACUCUUCUCCAAGAUUGCAGUCCCCUCCCCACACAAGAUGCACUAACCCCAUCCCUUCUUUUUCCUUUCCUCCAUUCCUGGCAGUACCCUGAUGUCUCAGAAGGCACCAUGAUGGUGAUAGUACGGAGGGGCUAGGGAAAUGGCACUUAAUUUUUGUUUUGGGGAGGACAUGGGGGUUUUUAAGGGGAUGUUCAUUUUUUGUCUCUGAAACUCUUCAGCCCUGUCUGCCACCCUCCUCCUCCCCCAACCAGGGAUUCCCUGCUCCUUUAAACUAAUUCAGGAAGUCCAGCUUGAGCUGCGCUCCUACCCUCACCCCAGGAAAGUGAAAACCAGGGAAGGGGACUGUCUUUCUGGCCAGGGUUCACUGCUUUGAUUGUUUGAUUUGAGUGUGCAGCCUACCUCCCCCUGCCCCCAACCAGGGACUGUAGGAACUAGCCCCCCAGAAAGGGAAUGAGCAGGUUAAGAGGAAUAUGGGGUCACAUAUAUGGGCAAGGAUGGAGACACUUGCCCCAAGAAGCCAUGGGUGAUGGGAUAAGAGUGUCGGGGGGUGAGGGGGUUGUGGAUUUCCUCCUCUUUGCACUACUUGGGCAAAAAUGUCUUAAGCAGUAGAGGAUUUGCCACCUCUCCCCUUGGCCUAACCCCCUGCACUGACACCCCACACCACCCCUCCUCAACCUUCAAACCCUGGCCCUGCUCCACUGAGCAAAGUAUGGCCUUCUGCCCAUCCAAGGAAAUCUCCUGGCCUGAGACUGAGAGAUGCCAUCCUCACUACCACCCCCUCCCAUUGCCCAACACACCCCUCAUACACAUAGCCCAGAUCUGAGGGGUAGGGGGUUAGGAGAGACUAAGUUGUGUAUGUGCGUGCGCACACAAGCAUGUGCACAUGCGUGUUUGUCCGUGUCUGUCCUUCACAUUUACCUGGCACACUUUCUGUGUCACUUUGUCUCUUUAUCCUGGGGCACUGAUUCUGACUCCAGGUCACUAGGAUGAGUCUCCUUCCUCGGAGUUUCCACCCCUGCCCCCCAAACGGGGCCAGCAAUGUACUUGCUUGGUCUACCGUCUACUUUUUUUCAGCCAUGGACACAGCAGGGAAGGCUUGGGGCUAAGUGGGAUUGGCCCCUCUAUAGGCAUUUGGGAAUUACUUCCAGCACACCACCCACCCACCCCCAACCACACCAGAUGAGCUAUGACCUACCCCCAUGUUACCCUGCAUUGUCUUGGUAUCAGGGGUGGGGGAUGGACAGCAGCCUGGGGUAAGGUCUGUCCAAGUAUGUGUAUGGAUGAUGCAUGUUGUGUGUGUGUGUGUGUGUGUGUGUGUGUGUGUUUGGAUGAAUGUUCCAAGUUCACGUGUAUACUUAAUUUGGGGAAGGUCUGGAGGGGCUGUGGAAACAGGGAGUCUUAGAGCACCUGCUCUAGAUUCAUAAAUUCCCCUAGCCCUACUGUGGGAAGUAGUGGAUUAGGAGUCCCAACCUUGGAGAUCAUUGGUGCUAAUAAAGGAGGGAGGGGUAGACAGACAUGACUUGAGGGUGCUUAGCAAACCCCCUCCAGUAUUGGGCUAGGGCACUUCAGUGGUGGGGGUGGGGCCUAGUGUUGCAGUAUUGGCUGCAGGAGGGGUGCCCAGGAUAGGAUGAGGGGGGCCCUAGAGCCAUGACCACUACACUGCCCCCUUCCCACUCCCUACUCCCACCCUGCCUCCUUCCCCAUCUCAGUAUUCCCCCACCCAUCAUUCUUAACACACAUACCUCAUCCAGUUCCCCACCUUGCUCUGUCCCAGAUGGGGGGAGUGGGGAGAGAGGAGGCCCCUGUCCCUGCCCUCAUCCCCUGGUGGCCGGCCUACA